CGCACUUGCUAGUGGGAAUUUUGGUCUCAGGAUGCAAUGAUACCAGGCACCCAGACAGUCAUGACAUAUCCCAUGAUUCCAAACAGACUUCGCACGAUUGGCUGGCUCCAUCGCGUAUCAAUCAUGCUGUGAGUUGUGUGUCAUGGUGAUUGGAAUAAAGUCGUCCGAGGUCGCCGAAACGAAGCCGUCAGUGGCUAAUAGACAAAUUGGGAAUGCAUGAACCUGGGUAAAAAGGAUCCCCAAUUCUCAUCGUUUCCCCAUGUCCUCCUUAUUGCUUUCCCUCCCUGAAGAGCUGCUUGAGCUCGUUGUAUUCGAGUCCGAUACCCCCACACGAAAAGCACUCCGAUCAACGUGCCUACGCUUGGAAUUGAUCGCCACGCCGCUUGUCUUCGAGAGCCUGCUCAUCGAUAUUCGCAACAGGCACCAUGUUUCUAAAUUCCUCAGAAACCUCUGCUCGAGCAAGGGACUGGCGAGAUACGUCCAGCAUAUCCACCUGGUCUCGCUCAAAGCCCCAAGAAAGCUGCUUCUCCUACGUAGAGGGAAAGAGUGGAGAAACCUUCUCAUAGCUGCAAUACCGCAUAUGACAUCAUUGAAGAGCAUUUCCUGUUCGGCCUCCGACAAGAGAAUACUCACUAACACCACCCUCUGGCACAGCCUCAGUCAUAUCGACUCGCUGACCAUCUCCAACUGCAACGGCAAACAGAGAAAGUCCACUGCCCGUCUCCAUCUUCCUGACCUCACUUGCCUCAGCUUCUCUGGCUACGGUUGCCUCGAGUAUGCGAAUACCCUCAUCAGCACGAGCACCCACCUCAAGACACUCGCAGUACGUCACCCCCUCCACCCCGAUGACCGUUUCGAUCCAUUCUCGCCCUCCGUCCUCAUUCUCUUCCGCGGCCCCCAGUCUAUGUGCCUCACUACCCUAUCCCUCUCCGGAAACCUCUCCCUCAGCGCUGCAGAGGUCCCUUUUCUCAUUCCGUACAUCCGUCAUCUCCAGUCACUCUCCCUUGAUAUGGACUUUGUCCCGGGUGAUUUCUGGCAGUCGUUGAAGCAGGAAGAGAUUUUUGUAAAAGAGAGGUUCGCGCUUACGACAUGGGAUGCUGAGCCCUCGGUGUUUGAUUACCUGUGUUCAUACACUGGCCUGCGCCACUUGUUUCUGCACAUAAAGGAGGGGCAGGAUGGUCAUGGCGUGAGGAAGGUUGUGAAAAGACAUCGAAAGUCGUUGUGCGAUGUAGAUAUCAAGCCAAAUGUACAAGUUAUUGCCUAGAAGAUAUUCAUGCAUGAUCACAACAC